GCGGGAACAGUAAAAUGGCGCCAGAACUAGUGGCGGGCUGAGCACACUGGGCCACUUGAAGCCGGCCCUGCGGUCCCCGGGCCGACCCGGCCCCUCCCAGACAUGGAGGACGUGGAGGCGCGCUUCGCUCACCUCCUGCAGCCCAUCCGCGACCUCACCAAGAACUGGGAGGUGGAUGUGGCGGCCCAGCUGGGCGAAUAUCUUGAGGAGCUGGACCAGAUCUGCAUUUCUUUUGACGAAGGCAAAACCACAAUGAACUUCAUUGAGGCAGCACUGCUGAUCCAGGGCUCCGCUUGUGUCUACAGUAAGAAGGUGGAAUAUCUCUACUCGCUGGUCUACCAGGCUCUUGAUUUCAUCUCUGGCAAGAAGCGGGCCAGGCAGCUCUCAUGUGAGCGGGAAGACGGUCCCGUGGGGGACGCCAGCCCCAGGGCCCCCCAGGAGGCGGAGUGUGAGUUCCUGCCGUUGGAUGACCUCUCUGAUGCCCAGGCCAACGUGGAUCUGAGGAGCGACCAGGCCCCCAGCGAGACCCUCAUCGUCCCCCUCCUGCCCAUGGCCCUGGUAGCCCCUGAUGAGAUGGAGAAGAAUGGUAACCCCCUGUACAGCUGCCAAGGGGAGGUCCUGGCCAGCCGGAAAGAUUUUAGGAUGAAUACGUGCACCCCCCACCCCAGAGGAGCCUUCAUGUUGGAGCCGGUGGGCGUGUCCCCCACGGGGACACUUCUGCCUUGGAACCAGAAGGAGGCUGGGAGGGCUGAGGAGCGGCCAGUGGAAGUCUCUGUGUGCAGGCAUCCAGUCCCGGUACCCAGCACCUCCCAGGGGCCAGGCACCACUCCAGAAGGCCCAGUGCCCGGAGGUGGGGGUGAGGAAGAGGAUACAGAGGGGGCAGCAGAGCCCCCCGAGGCCUCAGCCCCUGAGGUCCCGAUGGAGCCGCAGGAGCCCAGAAGCCCCGAGCAGAGUGAGGCCCAGCCCAGGAGGUGUGCACCACGGGAGCCUGCGUCCCGGCUGAAGGAGACCCCAGACCCCUGGCAGGGCCUGGACCCCUUCGACUCCCUGGACUCUAAGCCCUUCAGGAAAGGUCGGCCCUACUCUGUGCCCCCCUGUGUGGAGGAGGCUGCAGGACAGAAGCGUAAGAGGAAGGCUGCUGUCAAGCUGCAGGACUUCCACCAGUGGUACCUGGCUGCCUAUGCUGACCACGCUGACAGCAGGAGGCCCCGGCGAAAGGGCCCUUCCUUUGCAGACAUGGAGGUCCUGUACUGGAAGCACGUGAGGGAGCAGCUGGAGACCCUCCGGAAGCUGCAGAGGAGGGAGGCGGCUGAGCGGUGGCUGCCGAGGGCUCAGGAGGAACCGUGGCCUGCGGAGGAGGACCGGCUGGAGGACUCCCUGGAGGACCUGGGAGCGGCAGCAGGUGACUUUUUGGAGCCGGAGGAGUACGCAGAGCCUGAGGGGGCCGAGCCUGGGGAAGACGCAGACCUGGAAGCGGAAGCCGUGCCGGCGUCCCCAAGCUACGAGGAGCUGGUCCGAAGGAACGUGGAGCUCUUCAUCGCCACCUCGCAGAAAUUCGUCCAGGAGACAGAGCUGAGCCAGCGCAUCAGGGACUGGGAGGACGUCAUCCAGCCCCUGCUCCGGGAGCAGGAACAGCACGUGCCCUUUGACAUCCAUGCUUACGGGGACCAGGUAGUCUCAAGGUUCAGCCAGCUCAACCAGUGGUGUCCCUUCGCGGAGUUGGUGGCGGGCCAGCCUGCCUUUGAGGUGUGUCGUUCCAUGCUGGCCUCCCUGCAGCUGGCUAACGACUACACAGUGGAGAUCGCCCAGCAGCCCGGGCUAGAGGCGGCAGUGGGUACCGUGUCCCUGAGACUGCUCACGUACCAGCGGGCCCACAAGCGCUUCCAGACCUAUGCUGCCCCCUCCAUGGCCCAGCCCUGAGCGGGGAGCACUGAGACCGGGGUUGGGCCCUGGAGGCCUGUGUCCCCCGUGGGUGCUGGGCACACACCUGCUCAGUCCACUUUGCUUCCCGGCUCGCCCAGCCCAAUAAAGUGUUGCCGGCCCGCCAAUGCCUUUAUAGAAAA